UACGUCACUCGGAAAACUGAAGCGCAUUUCAAGAAUCAAGCCUGUGCCAUCAUUUACAAGUAAAAAAACCAAGACGGAAAAACAAGUGGUUCUCGUUUAUAAUUAUCGUGAAAACGUUUUUCCCUUCUGCUACCUGUCAUGAUCGUUCAAAGCGCAUCGUAAUCAUUAUUAUGCCUAUGCAAUAUUUUUAAUAAAAAAUAAAAUUAUAACAUACCAUUUCUAAUAUUUUAAGGGCCAGGGAAAAAUUAAUAUUUUUUAUCUGGUCUGACGAAUGGAUAUUAAUGUAGACAAAUACCAGUUUUAAGUUAAAGUUUCAUAAGAAACAGAAGCAAUCCACGCCGAAGUUGGAACUAUCGUCGUCAUUUAAUCACUAUGUUUAACUCGCGUUCAGGAAAACUUAUCGUCGUGGAUGUAUAUAAUGAUGAAGAUAAUAUGAAACGUACAACAAUAUCUAAAAAAACAAAUGUUUCUGAACAUGAGAAUGCUCACUUCGACUGUCCAGCGAAUAAAAACAACAAUCAAUUUUUCUGUGAUGAGAAUGAAACCUUUGAUGAAGUGGAUAAUCAAAAAUCUGUCCCUUUGCCGACUCUUGUAAAACCUGGUGGCUGCAAUGGUUUUGUGACCGUAGUUAACGUAAAUGACAAUAUUUGUACAGUGAUGGGAGGAGAAAGUGAAGCAAGUCAAGGAAGUACAGAACUUACAGAAGAUAUUCACAGUCGAGGAAACUUUGUAACAGUUCUACAAGUGAACAGUGAUGAUAAUGAGAGAUUUAAACAUGAUUCCAACAUAGAAGAAGUCACAAUUUAUCGCCUACCGGAGGAGAAGCUGGGGAUGGCUUUGAAGUUUGAAGGAGGAGUGGAUGUCACAAAUAAUGUAUCUAAGGUACAUAUACAGUCUCUCAGUGAGGGUACCCCAGCUGCAAGAGCUGUCUGUACUAUCAAGCCUUUACAAGCGGGCGAUGAAAUACUCAUGAUCCAGGGAAAAGAAGUUUCAAAACUUACUCGGUUUGACUGUAUAACUAUGCUUCGAGAGGCCACAGAUUCAGUGAAACUUUUAGUAAAUCACCAUUUUCCUAAUGAAGUUCAUUACAAACAGAAAAACGCCACGGCUCUAACGCAAAAGUUGGAGAACAAUAGAGUAAAAUCAAAAAAUAUCAGACCUGAGAAAGAAAGGAUGAGAGGUCCUGCACCUCCUGUUCCACCAAGAAAAGUAAACAGAUGUUCCAGAGUUUUCGGAUUCAUCCAAAACAAACAAGACUGUCACGAAGAAGACUCACACAGACAAGUUACUUUAGCAGAGCGACAUAGAGAAGCUCCUCACAGGUAUUUUCAAAAUAUGAACAAUCAAGCUAAUAAACCACCUGACAUAAACAACUCAGUGAAUCGAAGACAUUUUUCAAAGAACAAAAAUCAAAUGAAUAGGAGUAUUACAGUAAGCGACGACAUUACAGGAGAGUGGAUCUUUGAUAAAUAUAAGAAAAUAAAUCAAUCUGCGACACCGUGUUCUUCAAACAAGAAGACAGUUGGGGAUUCUACUGGAAAUAGUUUUCAGGAAAAGGACGAAAAAAAAAUCCAUCAACAUUUUGAUUUAAAACAAGUUCUAAUUCCUUUCGAAAAAUUAGAACGAGAGUUGGAUGAAGGUGAUUUUAGUGAGACAAAAAAUGAACAACACCAUGAUUUCUCGAAAUAUGGCUUUACGUGCAAAAAGGAUCUAGAAAUAAAUGAGAACAUUCCAAUUGAUCCUCCCGUAUCAUUUCAAGACCAGGUAAUGACAGGGCACAUAGAGCCAAGGGUCAGUCUAGAAUCCAAUGUGGACUUAAUAGGUUCUCCAAAGUUAUUAGAACCUUUUAACCUUUCAACUAAUGAAAAAAGCCAGAAUAUAAAAAAGAAUGAACUAUACAAUAUUAGAGAAGAAAAUUUAUCAGAAUGUAGUAAGAAAAUGGAUGAACACGGUAUCUAUAAGGAUCAAAACAAAUCAUUUCAGCCAACCAGUUCCACUACACGAGAAGAAACUAAUCAAAAUAUUUGCAUCAAUGUGACACAAAAUGUAGAUUCCAGCUCAGGUAUGCCGGAAAACCACAAUGAUCAAGAUAUAAUUAUUUCUAAUUGUACAGGACAGUCCGACGUAGUUCAAAUGAGUGAUAAUUCAGAAGCUAAAAACAGCAUGACAAAAGAAAUUAAAAAACUCGAUUCCGAAGAAAAAAAUUUAAUUGUAAAAAGAAAAGAUGGGUCAAUAAGUGCUAUGAAAUACAGUUCAAGUGAAAGUAAAAAAGCAGGAUACCAGAAUGUCGAGGUUACAAACCAAGAUUCAGUUGUUUUUAAGAAAAGUGCUGGAUUUCAACAGGCUUUCAGUACCACUACUGUUUCUGGAGCACAUAGAAAAAGACAUUCAUCCGAAGACCUCUACAGUUCUGCAGAUGCCUUAAAUAAGAAUGCCCAGCAUAGAUCAGACGAAAUGGUCAGAAAUUCUCUUACUUCAUCGAUCGAAGAGUCAAGUACGAUCAACUCAACAUAUGCGUCUGAUGGUUUUAAAGACUUUGGAAUUUUUCCAUCUGAGCAUCAUGCCUUUGCAUCAGCAUCAGAUGUUGGUUCAAAUAAAGACUCCUGGAGAAAUGCCUCCAGUGAGAUUUGCCACUUCUCAAAUGGCGGUACUUUGGAUAAACUGAAGGUUGAAAGAUCUGAUAUUAAUUCACAUAAUGCUUUAUGCAAAUCAGAGAGUAUAAAGUCAUUCAAUAUGACACUACAGAACGAAGCAGGGAUCAAAGGAUACAACACUACCCAGAAUGAUUUCGAUGAAAAAAUUAUUUUAGCUGAAUCCCCAUAUCAAAGCUUCGACAUUGAUGCACAUGUUACCUGGGAUAAAUCGCAAAAUGUUAAUAUCUGCAGUGAUAAUCAUGAAUUUUUGGACAACUCACAAAUUGCAAACUCACAAUUUGAUAACCAGGAGUCUCUGGGUAAAUCACAAACUACAAAUUUUCACGUUGAUAAACAUGAGUCUUCGGACAAAUCACAAGCUACAAAUGUUUACUUUGAUAACCAGGAGUCUCUGGACAAUUCACAAACUGAAAACUCCCACGUUGACAAACAGGAGUCUCUGGAAAAAACACAAACUACAAACUCCCACGUUGAUAAACACGAGUCUCCAAACAAAUCACAUAUUACAAAGUUUUACUUUGAUAAACAUGAGUCUCUGGAAGAAACACAAAAAACAAGCUCCCACGUUGGCAAACACGAGUCUCUUGAAAAAACACAAACUACAAACUCUCAUGUUGAUAAACAGGAGUCUCUAGAAGAAACACAAACUACAAACUCUCAUGUUGAUAAACAGGAGUCUCUAGAAGAAACACAAACUACAAACUCCCACGUUGAUAAACAUGAGUCUCUUGAAGAAACACAAACUACAAACUCUCACGUUGACAAACACGAGUCUCUUGAAAUAACACAAACUACAAGCUCCCACGUUGACAUACAGGAGUCUCUAGAAGAAACACAAACUACAAACUCUCAAGAUAAUAUACAGGCGUCUCUAGAAGAAACCCAAACUACAAACUCCCACGUUGAUAUACAGGAUAUUUUGGACAAAUCACAUGUGAUCAAAGGGAACGUUAAUAACUUAGAUAAUUUGGAUAAAUCAUAUGUUAACAAUGUUCAAGAUGAUGAUGAACUGGACUCUUCGGACAUGGCACAUGUUAACAAUGUUCAAGAGGACAUACUAGAUACGUUGGAGAAAUCAUGUGCUAAAAAUGUACUUGGUGUUUUAGACAAACCUCACUAUGAUAAACGAGAUACUUUGGAUAAAGUAUAUGUUGAAAAUAUUCUAAUGGAUAAACUGGAUAUUUUUGAUAUAUCACAUGUUAAAAUUGUGAAAGUUCAUCAACUGGAUACCUUGGAGGAAUCAUAUGCUGAAAAUGUUAAUAAGAAUAAACUAGAUAUUUCGGUCAAAUCAUGUGUUAAUGAUGUGAUCGCUGAAAAGCUGGAUAAUGCGAACAAGCCACAUGUUGAAAUUUUGAAUGUUGAAAAGCUGAAGAAUUCGAGCAAAUCACAUUUUAUAAAUGCGAACGUUGAAAAGCUGGAUGAUUUGAACAAAUCAAAUGUUAAAAAUAUGAACGUUCAUAAAGACGAUAUUUUGAAUAAAUCACAAAAUUUUCAAAUUGAUAAACAGGAUAUUUUGGGAAAAUCACAUGUGAUCAACGGAAAUGUUCAUAACUUAGAUGAUUUGGACAAAUUACAUGUCAAAAAUAUAAACAUUGACAGAUUGGACGACUUGCAUAAAUCAGAUGUUUUUAACUUCCCAACUCAUAAACAGGAUUAUUUAGCCAAAACUCUUGUUAAAAAUGUGGGCUUUGAUAAUAUGGACGCAUUAAAUAUAUCAUAUGAUAAAAAUGUGAAUGCCGAUAAAAUAGAUGUGGAUGAAUCACGAGUUGUAAAGUCCCCAGUUGGUAAACAGGAUGAUUGGGCCAAAACUCCUGUUAAAAAUGUGGGCUUUGAUAAUAUGGACGCAUUAAAUAUACCAUAUGAUAAAAAUGUUAAUGCUGAUAAAAUAGAUGUGGAUGAAUCACGAGUUGUAAAGUCCCCAGUUGGUAAACAGGAUGAUUGGGCCAAAACUCCUGUUAAAAAUGUGGAUUUUGAUAAUAUGGACGCAUUAAAUAUAACAUAUGAUAAAAAUGUGAAUGCUGAUAAAAUAGAUGUUGAUGAAUCACGAGUUGUAAAGUCCCAAGUUGGUAAACAGGAUGAUUGGGCCAAAACUCCUGUUAAAAAUGUGGAUUCUGAUAAUAUGGACGCAAUAAAUAUAUCAUAUGAUAAAAAUGUGAAUGCCGAUAAAACAUAUGUGGAUGAAUCACGAGUUUUAAUGUCUCCAGAUCAUAAACAGGAUGAUUGGUCCAAACCACAAGUUAAAAAUGUACGAGUUGGCCAACUAGAUAUCAUGGAGAACUCAAAAAAUUAUAAUUUCGAUGUUGCAAAAAACAUUUCUUCAAAAGAAGACAUAUUCAUUGAUACAAAUAUUAUACUGGAAGAACCGAAAAAUGAAAAUUCAUUUGUCGAUACACAUGUAAGUUUAGGACAAUUACAAACAGAAAAUAUUCAGACCAUUGCAAAUGAGGCUUUAAAUGAAUCGCAUAUUGAAAAUCCCCUUUUUAUUACAAAUGAUGAUUUAGAUACAUUAUGUGUAAAAAACUCGCAUAUUACUGUAAAAAAUGAUUUGAACAAAUCUCAUAUCAAUACCAAUGGUUGUACUGACAAAUAUCACUUUGAAAAACUUCGAGAUGAAAGAGGCAAUUAUUUGGAUGAAACAAAAGUCGGGAACAACCAUGUAAACAAUAAAAAUGAAAAAUCAGUGACAAAACAUGACGAAAUGAAUUGUAUCUACCAACAAUAUUCUGAUGGUCAGUGUAAGGAAAUGUCUAGUUUUUAUUCUGGUGAUCAGAGUGUGAAUCACCAUGAAAUUGAUCACUUUGAUUCUUCGUCUCAGAAUAGAAGACAAUUCAGUAGUUUAGGUUGUCCAUCGUUUGAAACCAGAAAUCAUGAUCAGAUUGAUUUUCUGUCUCUGAAUACAGGACAAUUCAGUAGUUUAAGUUGUCCAUCGUUUGAAACCAAAAAUCAUGAUCAGAUUGAUUUUCCAUCUCUGAAUACAGGACAAUUCAGUAGUUUAGGUUGUCCAUCGUUUGAAACCAGAAAUCAUGAUCAGAUUGAUUUUCCAUCUCUGAAUACAGGACAAUUCAGUAGUUUAGUUUGUUCACCACUACUACGAGUUAACACCAGGAAUCAAGAAACAUUUACAAUCGAAGAAGCAGAUGUAUCAGAAGUCGAAAAUAUAAAAAAAGAGGAAGAUAUUCAAAACAAGAUAUGUAGCGGUAAAAAACAGGAGAAUGUUAUUUCAAAAGAAUUCCAAUCUUCAAGAGCUUUGGAGCAUAGAGAAGAAAAGAAAAUGAAAGAUGCAAAUAACGAAGAACUCCAUACUAGGGAAAUCUGCCACGACAGUGCUAAUUUCGACGUAUUUCCACCAAUGAAUGUUUCAAAACCAAUAUCCAACUGCGACGAAAAUUUUCGUAUCGAAAAUAAUGAGUAUUCGGUGUUCAAACAACAGACAGUAGAGGGCGCCACGGAAGACGAGCAUCCAGAAGAGCUGGAAGUUACAAAAGGAUUGAAUAACGUUCAGCAACAACUAAAAAAAGCUGACCUGGAAUAUAAAGGUAUUGCAGAAGCUUACAAGCAAGACUAUGGAAUUUCACAUUUAGGUAAAAAAUGUGAAAUAUCAACUUCUGGAACAAUUUCCAGGUCUUCAGAUACAUUGGAACCUUCCCGUCAGACUCUUGAUGGUGAAGAGUUUCCAUCGAAUGGUAUAGAUGCUCACUACCACCAAUACUUCGUCCGACUACGACAUUCCAGUGGCUCCGAGGAUUCAGGAGUCUUUCUUGAUGACAUUAAUGGAGAGGCAGGACACGUUACAGAAAAGAACGUACAUACAGAUGGUGUAUAUUUUAACAGUCACUUUGAAAAUAGUGAAAAUCUUCUUACGUCUGAAUUGUUUAAUCCGGGAGACAAAAUAAUAAGUUCUGCAACAAAUAACGGAAAUUUGAUAAAAGACCCGUUAUGUAAGGAUUCGAUUGUAAGCUCUUCAUCUUCAAAUGACUUUACGUUAGCUUCACAAAAGGUAAAUGAAUCUGUAGAUAAUAACCUACUUUCAAUGAGCGUAGAACCUCCUCCACUUCCUGCCUCUCUUCCUCCCAAACUUAAAGACGUUCAGUCAGAACAUGAUAAAUCUCUACUUAGUUGUGGUACACUUGAAAAUAUUUUGGUGCUUACUUCUGAAGAAACAAAUUUAUGUGGUAACCCACUAUCAGAAGAUUCCAACGAUCAGUUAAACUAUGUAACUAGCCUUUCCAGUAACAAACGACACAAGGAUAUCGAUGCAGAUGCUGAUAUAUUCGAUCAAGAACAAACGUCCUCAAGUGAAGCUUCCCCUGUACUAAAAUCUAAAGAGUUUGAAAUAAAUAAAGAAUCUACAUUUUCGAAGAAUAAACUUGAUGAAGACUGGUCAAAGAAAAUACAUGGUAAUAAGCCUAAAGAGGAAAGGAAUUCAAACGAAAAUGGAAUUGCAAAUUUAGAAAUGGAAAAGUUGUGUAGUGAAAAUAAAGAAAUGUUUUCUUCAGAAGAUAAUCAAUCAGUUUCACUAAAUGAUAAAUAUCACUUUAAAGCAAAGCUUUUAGAAGAGCAUGAAAUUAAUGGAAAUAGUAACAUCAGAGCAUUCAACAAAGGCGUAGAUUUUGCAAAAGACAACUUUGAAGAUUCAUCAUCCGCAGAAACAAGAACUCGAUUUUCAAAUGAAACUGUCAAGUUUACAGCCGAGACAAAUUCAAAUACCGAUUAUAACAAUUUUUCGGACUCAGUAGUUGAUAGUCAAACAAAGAAUUAUACAAAAAUGAAAGGAGUAAUAGUUUCCGAUGAAUGUAAUAAUACAGUAUCAAACUUACAACCAACAAUUAUGAGUAGUACCACUAACAUUUUACCGAAAUCAAAUUCUGAAAAACCUUUCCCUGGGUUUCAACAGAAGAAAUAUACCAGCCCAUUCACUAGACGAGGUUACUAUUUUAAUAGUAACAUUGCUGGAAAAGAUGUGAGCAUUUCACCCAUUUUGUCUGAGCCGCCUUGGAAAAAUACUGAUUCUGAUAUUCCAAAGUACUCGCCAGCAUUUAAGCGCCGGUCUCUCCAAACGUUCGGAGUGUCACCCAUCUCUUCAAUAUCCAGUAAUAUGUGCACUGCGCCACCGCCAUCUACGUAUUCUAGCCAAAGUAAGUCAAGUAGCAUAUCUAGUCUUGAUGGUUCUGGUGCAUCGGACACAGAGGAGAAGAAAUCUAACAGUUCAUAUCAAUCCAAAACAGAACUUCCUGUUACUUGUGAUAAAGUGUCUUUGUCUGAUUCAAUAUCACUUCCUAUUCACAUUUCAAAUAACCCACAGAUUCUCACAGACUUUCCGGUAGAAGAAAUGAAAGAAAAAUCAGUCCAGGAAAACAAAGACGAAAUGACAACAAAGAACAUGCACGGUUUAUCAGAGGAUAUUAAAUCCGUUCCUGAAGUAGCAUUACCUUCGAUUAUUGUCGAUGUACCUCCAGCGCCCAAAGAGAUAAAAUAUGAACAAGAAUACAAGUUAGAGGAAAUAGGAAAUCAAUUUGAACAGAACUGUGAUUACGAAGAAAAUAUGUCUGAAGAAAAUACUGUAAAAAAAUCAGAUCUUUAUAAAUAUUCAAAAGAAUUGACAGCUUCAAAAUUAUCCGAUAUCAACUAUGAAUCAAACAAAGACAAAAGACCGAUCACACCUGAGCCCACGACAGAAAUUAUAUUAAACAAUUUGCUUGAUACUUCCUCUCAAAGUGAGCAGAUUGUUUGUAAGGAAAGUAAGAAAAUUGUCAUAUCAGAAAUUUGUCAAGAUUCCUCUUCCUCACUAGAUUCUUUGAGAAAGAUUGAAGGAAAAUUUCUAGCACAGCCAGUGUGCGUUAGUAUGAUUGUACCUGAAAAUGAAGUUAAGCAGUCUGAUCAGCUACUAGCUGAUAAUGGCAUCAAACAACAAGUAGGAGACAGGAAAACUGCACCUAAAUGUCACUUGACCAGAAACGAAUGUGGUCCUGUUGUACUUCUUGACAAUGUGAACUCUUCACUAUCCAAAAAUACAUCACAUUCAUCAUCAUUAAAUCCCCGACUAAAUGAACUCGAAAAACUAGAGAAUGAAACAGAAGAGACCUUAUUUAAACCAAGCAUCUUAAGUCAACAAAAAACGGUGUUAAAGAAAACUGAAAAUGGUUCAGCCGACAGUGUCAAAAAUUUCAGAGCCUUAGCAGAAAAAUGGGAGAAAAAGACCCAUGAUAACAAACAAGAAGUAAAGUUAUCACCAGUUUCAUCAAGUACACGAUCUCUAACCAAAAUCGAAUCUUUGCCGUACAUGGUUCACAAAGGAAACGUAAAACUCCCACCGUCUUUAAUCCCUAAAAGUCGUGAACAUCAAGCUUACAUCAGACGUCAGAGUGUUCCAAGUAAUACAGUUGCUACCAAUUCAAGUUCAACGGUUAAACUUCGGGAAAAAAAAUCGACUGGUCCAAGACCUACAUCGCUUAUUGAAGCCAAGGAAAAAGUACAUGUUGAUAAUAUGUGGAAUAAUAAUUUCACUUAUGGCAGCUACUUUCUGAGAUAUAGCAACGUAAGUUCAGCAGAAUCUCUUCCAAAAUCUUAUCAUAAUUAUGAUACAAACGAGGCAUUUACUAAGAGCCGUGAAUCUUUAGACCAAUUAGGCCAAAGAAAUAGACCCCGUGCUUCGACAAGCGUUAGUGAUAUUCGUAAAAACUUUGAAAAUCAAGCAAAAAGUGCACAACAUAGCUGGAUACCAAAACCCAGUUCUCGCCGAACGUCCGAAGAUCGUAACUUUUUCUCUUCUCAUAAAUAUAGUCUGAGCAGCAUAUCAACAGACUGUGAUCUCAAUCCCAUGUCUUCUGUUGAUUCUAAUACAAAUGGUUCGGGAACAAACACUCCUGUACAUUAUGGUUCGCAGACUUCAUUGUCUUCGAAUACUUGUGAUCCCUAUGGCUCAGUAACAUCUCUAGCCUCAACAACAAGUCUGAUUUCUUUACAGGAGCUCCAACAAUUAAUUGAUGAAGCUAACCAGUCCCUUCAAGAUGAAGUUGCACCAUGUAGCCAGGAUGUCACUGUUGUGGUGAUUCACAGGGAAAUUCAAGGGGGGAGUAUUGGAAUUACUUUAGCAGGUGGUGCUGACUGUGAGGUUAAGGAAAUCACAGUUCACAGAGUAAUAACGGGAAGUUUAGCAGACCGUGACGGACGUAUCAAAAAGGGAGAUAGAAUCAUUUCUAUCAAUGGGCGUUGCGUGAAAGGAAUGAGUCAUAGUGAUGCUGUGAAUCUUUUGAAGUCUCCGAGAAAAGAAGUUGUGCUUGUACUUUCAAGAGAGCGUCCAGAUUGCCCUCCAACUGGAGUCUUAAGUACUGAAAAAGAUGCUUUAUUCGGAGAAGGAAAUUUUCCGUACACGGCUGGUGCUAAACGGAUGGAUGAAGUGAAAAAGUUGAAUGGCGAAGUAAAAUCUGAAGAUGAAUGUGUAAGAAAGGUCGAAAUUCAUAAAGACGGAACAGGGCUUGGAUUUAGUCUAGAAGGUGGAAAGGAUUCCCCAGCUGGGGAUAAGCCUCUUACUGUUAAAAAAGUCUUUACAGGUGGAGCAGCUGAUAAAGAAGGAACUUUAAAGGCUGGCGAUGAGAUUCUCGCAAUUAAUAACCAAACUGUUGUAAGCAUGACGAGAACGGAAGCGUGGAAUUUCAUGAAAAAAUUAACAGAUGGACCAGUAUUGAUUACUCUCAGAGAAACGAGCUAAAAAUUGGAAUUUGUCUCUGUACACGUUAUACGAAAUAUCAGUUCAUUUUCUCACUUUCAUUUUGAAACUAUCACAAUUCUCUCUCUUGCACACAUACACAAAAAAUAUUUUUAAGGACUUCAACAAAUUUAAAGCAUCUAACUUACAAUUACGAAAACAACAACAUAGAGCAAAGCUAGUUAACCUAAAGAAAUGAUAUAUUAUUAAUCAUUAAUUUACUAAAAUUUAAUAGUUAAUUAGAACACUGCUUGAAUCAUUGGAUUCACAUUAUUUCUACGUCUACGAUAAAGCUUACAUUUACUGUCUGUCCCUCAGUGUACGUUUUUCACCACAGAAUGGUGUAGGUUACUAUACUUCAUGUACUAAAGAUUUCUUUAAGAAAACAAUUGUUUCGCAUCAUGUAUAUUUACACUUAAGAAGAUAGAAUACUUACGUAUUAAAUCAGGCCAGCAAUAUAGAAUCACUAACUGUGAAUAAAUGGCAAGAACAGUGUUAGUAGACUUCUUUAAGGUACUAACUUGAGUGUGUAAAACGUAUAUACUCUGGAACAAUGUAUUGAUAUACGAAAGUGUUUUGAUUCUUGUGUUAGUUUCUUUGCUGUUACACGCAGAGCUACAAAAUGGACUACAGAGGGGAGGGAGAUGACGAAGCUUUGGUUGAAAGGCUUGUCAUACUCCACAGUAUGGUGGCCAAAAUAUAGAAUAAGAAAAUAAAACUGUUUCUCAUAUUUUCACAAACAAAUGAAAAUUUUCAAGUAAUUUAAAAAUUACCAUAAAAUUUUACUGAAGGUUAUUAUUAUUAUAACUGUUUUAGCCGUUUUUAUAUUGUACUUCAUUUCACUAAAUACAUGUUUUUUACAUACGUUGCCAUAUGGUGUUGGUGAAAUUAUACUAACAUACUUGUUUUUGUGUCACAUACAUAGCUGUCUUAUAUGAGGUUUUUGUGUUGAUUAAUUACAUAAUCUUAAAAUUACAUGAUCAAGGUGCUUGGGGCCUACAAAAAGUUAAUAAUGCAUAAGAGCACUUAGCAAGUGUGGAGAAUAGUUGAAACUUUUCCCAUUCCAUAUAAGUAUUAAUCAGUAUAUAUUUUUUUAUUUCAGGUUACUACUUCUGUUUGUAUAUCUAUUGUUGUUAUGUCUGUAUAUCAAAAUACCUUAGUCUUAUAUUCUCCCCGAAUAUGAAAUUAUUUGUAUAUUGUUAUGUUGGAAACUUUUUGCAUGUAUAUCUUUAUUAAGAAAAUUUUAUAUUUUCUAUAUGAGGUAACAUAUAAGGAAAAUGUUUUCAUUGGUGGUAUAGAUCAAAGACUUUUAAGAGAAGUCUUUAACGUCACUGUUAGAUUUUUCCGUUUAAAUUGAUCAAACCUUAUACACCAGUAAACCUUCGAAUGAAAGCCACACAUAAGCAAUACAAACAUUUUAGUAAAAUGGAUAUGAAAAAAUAUAAGAUAUCAUGACCUAAAACAAGACUAUCAUGGUUUUGCAUUUUGGAAGUAAUAUGUUCAUAACAGAUUUACUGGUAAAAGGUUAAAUAUCAAGACUAAAGCUCAGUUCAUACCUAUAUUUUUAUAUUGAUAAUUAUAAGGCCCUUCUCCAAAUAAUCGAAUCUAGUUGAGAGUAACAGAUCAGCUGUGGAAUUAUUCUGCUUAUUGACUUUUCAUAACUUAUUUUAUGUAUUUCUUGCUUGGCACAGAAAUUGCUUGAUAUAUUUAUAAAAGUAUGUAAAUUUUAUAGACAGCUGUCAAGGUAUAUGAUUUGUAACAAUGUAUAUCAGUGCUGAUAUGGAAAUAAAGCUUACAGUUCAAAGAAAUUUAUGUAAUCAGUAAAAUUACACAACUGCUGAGAGCAAAUACAGUUAACAAAAAAAUCUAUCACAGAGACCUUAAGAUACUGCCCAUACUGUAAAAACUGUAUAUUCAGCACUCUCCCAAGUAUAACUAGAAUAAUACUUAUCAACUGUAGUUUCAAUACCAAAAUAGAAAAGUCUUUAUAGUACAGUUCAAUGUUUGUAAAAUAGUAGAAUAGUGAUCAGAAAGGGGGGACAGCUAAAAUAGUGAAAUAUAUAAUAAACAAUCAUAAGCAAAUUUUCAAUUAAUAAAGCAGUUUUAUAGUUCGAUGAAAUGACAUUUAUAAGUUUUUGAUUUAAAAAUAAUUGUUUUAUACAUAAAUUGAGUGAUCUGCACCUGUACCAACACAUGCAUAAUGUAAAUAGUAUUUCUACGACUUGCCAAUAAAUUCCAAUACAAACUAUAAUAACAUAUGAAUGCACAAAACAUAACGGAAGUGGAGAUGAACAAUGAUUUUAAAAGUCUCAGCAAAAUCUAUACCAUUAUAUGGAGUACAUUCAUGUUU